UAAGUGCCCCCACGGUGUCCGAGACCCUGGCCUCCCUAUGGAGCUCUGGACCUUAGGCCUUUCAUCAUAAGGUCCCUUUAAAUACUUUGUCCCUUACCUGAGUCCCGCCCAGGGCAGGUAAUCGCAAGCCCCGCCCCUCGCCCAGAAACCUGGAUCGGGCUGAUUGCAGGCAGCGGGGGUCCUCCUCCUUCCUCUCCCCUCCCCUCCCCCUGCCCCCUUUCACAUCUGGCCACAGCUGGCUCAGGAGGCCCCUAUUACAGAGGAGGGGACAGUGCUCACAAGUCUGAGUAGGUGUCCACAAAAUAUGAGAGGCCCCCCCUCUCUGCUGCUGCUCUACCUGGGACUGAUCGCCUGCCUGGACACCUCGCCCAGUGGGGAGCAAGAUCAAGAAGUCUUCCUGGCGUCUCCAGAGGCCCAGAACUUUCUGGGCAGCCGGAGUCGGAUUCCACGAGCCAACCACUGGGACCUGGAGCUCUUCACACCGGGGAACCUGGAACGGGAGUGUCUUGAGGAGAGGUGUUCCUGGGAGGAGGCGAGGGAGUACUUUGAGGACAAUACUCUGACGGAGCGCUUUUGGGAGGACUACAUCUACAAUGGCAAAGGAGGGCGUGGACGAGUGGACAUAGCAGGCCUGGCUGUGGGUCUGACAUGUGGCAUCCUCCUCAUUGUCCUGGCCGGCCUGGGAGCCUUUUGGUAUCUGCGUUGGCGACGACGGCGGCGAGGCCAGCAGCCCUGUCCCCAAGAGGCCGAGCUCGUCAGCCCCCUGAGUGCCCUGAGCUCUCUGGGCCCGCCGACGCCCCUGCCUCCACCUCCACCCCCACCCCCAGGCCUCCCCACCUACGAGCAGGCGCUGGCAGCAUCUGGGGUGCACGACGCACCUCCGCCCCCCUACACCAGCCUCGGGAGGCCUCGCUGAAGAGCUGCUUCGGAGCCGGGGAUCCCCGAACCGUGCCCCAGAUUCACACUGGAUUGCGGAAGCCCCCAGGCCUCUUAAACUCUGGACGGAGCUGAGCUUGGAGGGUGGUGGGAGUAGGGGUCGUCCGGCUCUGGCCCUACGCCUAUCCUGGCACACGUGUUUCCGCCGCGUACGGAUACACGCCUGUCCCGGGCCGAGGUGUUCCGGGGUCCUGGCCCUUCGUAGGCCCCCACGCUCUCCUGACUGUGGGGGUACCCGUCAGCCCCGCCCCCGGGGUAGGCGUGCGUGGAAACUCGGACCGAGGCGCGCAGGCCGGGUGUGCAGACUCGCGUGUGCAGGUGUGACAUAGCCAUCGCCUUCCAAGUGCCACGGGCCACGCACACGCAGGGCCACGCACACGCAGAGCCCCGCCUGUGCACACGCAGGUCUUCGUGCGCGCACAGGGGCGCUUUGCAACCCAGGGACAGGGUGGGGGGCAUAUUUGCAAGCGUGCUCGGUGGGGGCAGGCUCGCAUUGCACCCGGGGGACUGGAGUUGAGCUCUUCCCCUAAAUAAAAACCCUUUGGAAAGGAGACCAAAAAAAGUGAAACAAUGCAAAAAAAUUAAAAUCAAAUAAACUGAACCGCGUUCCCGGGCGCGUCUGCGCGCGGUGGAGCUGGCUUUCUGUACAAACGCAGCGCCCUACACCCCCAGGCCCUGCUUGCUC